CGCGAUGAAGGAGAAGUCCAAAAAUGCGGCCAAGACCAGGAGGGAGAAGGAAAAUGGCGAGUUCUAUGAGUUGGCCAAGCUGCUCCCGCUGCCGUCGGCCAUCACCUCCCAGCUGGACAAAGCGUCCAUCAUCAGACUCACCACGAGCUACCUGAAGAUGCGCGCCGUCUUCCCGGAAGGUUUAGGAGAUGCAUGGGGCCAGCCCAGCCGGCCAGGGCCCCUGGACAGUGUUGCCAAGGAGCUGGGGUCUCACUUGCUGCAGACUUUGGAUGGAUUCGUUUUUGUGGUAGCGUCUGAUGGCAAAAUCAUGUACAUAUCCGAGACGGCGUCUGUGCAUUUAGGCUUGUCCCAGGUGGAGCUCACUGGCAACAGCAUCUAUGAGUACAUCCAUCCUUCAGACCACGACGAGAUGACGGCGGUCCUCACCGCCCACCCACCCCUCCACCACCACCUGCUCCCAGAGUAUGAACUAGAGAGGUCCUUCUUUCUUCGCAUGAAGUGUGUCUUGGCGAAAAGAAAUGCAGGCCUGACGUGCAGCGGGUACAAGGUCAUCCACUGCAGCGGCUACCUGAAGAUCAGGCAGUACAUGCUGGACAUGGCCUUGUACGACUCCUGCUACCAGAUUGUGGGGCUGGUGGCCGUGGGCCAGUCGCUGCCGCCCAGCGCCAUCACCGAGAUCAAGCUGUACAGCAACAUGUUCAUGUUCAGAGCCAGCCUCGACCUGAAGCUCAUCUUCCUGGAUUCAAGGGUGACCGAGCUGACGGGCUACGAGCCGCAGGACCUCAUCGAGAAGACGCUGUACCACCACGUGCACGGCUGCGACACCUUCCACCUCCGCUACGCACACCACCUCCUGCUGGUGAAGGGCCAGGUCACCACCAAGUACUACCGGCUGCUGUCCAAGCUGGGCGGCUGGGUGUGGGUGCAGAGCUACGCCACGGUGGUGCACAACAGCCGCUCGUCCCGCCCCCACUGCAUCGUGAGUGUCAAUUAUGUCCUCACGGAUGUUGAAUACAAGGAACUUCACCUGUCGCUGGACCAGGUGUCCACUUUGAAGCCCCAGGACUCGUGGCGGACUGCCUUGCCUACCUCACAAGAAGCCAGGAAAUUAGCGAAACCCAAAAGUACAAAGAUGAAGACAAAGCUGAGAACAAACCCUUACCCCCCACAGCAGUACGGCUCGUUCCAAAUGGACAAACUGGAAUGCGGCCAGCUGGGAGACUGGAGGGCGAGCCCCCCUGCCCAUGCCGGGGCCCCCCCAGAACAGCAGCCCUAUUCAGAAGGCGGGGAUCUCCUGUACGCGCCGUCCUACAGUCUGCCCUUCUCCUACCAUUACGGACCCUUCUCUCUGGACUCGCACGUCUUCAGCAGCAAAAAGCCGGUGCUGCCGGCCAAGUUCGGGCAGCCCCAGGGAUCCCCGUGCGACGUGGCCCGCUUCCUCCUCAGCACGCUGCCCGCCGGUGGCGAGUGCCAGUGGCACUAUGCCAACCCCCUAGUGCCUAGCAGCCCAUCCCCAGCUAAACACCUGCCCGAGCCGCCUGUGAACGCAGCCCGGCACAGCCUCGUGCCCAGCUACGAAGGUGAGUCCUGUUGCCGCCACCCCACCCCCGCUCCUCGGGGAGCCAGAGGGGGACCGGGCCCUCAGGACAGGGCUGGGGCUGCUGGGAAAGGAGUCCUCACACGCUGGGCAAAUUCCCUGCUUCCGAGCUUUCCUCGCAUCCUGCACGAGAGGGAGGACUGGGUGGCGGCCACACGUGUCUCAGACAAGGGAGGAGGAGAACCCGAGUGUCCAUCCUCCUGUGACCCCGACCCCAUCCACUCUCCAGAAAGGAAACAGUGGCUGUCGCAACCAGCCCUGUCCUCCGAAGCCCGGCCACCCAGUUACAUGUCUUUUACUCUGUCCCAAAGUGAAGAUAAGAGGCCACGGCUUUGGCAGCAGCAGGUGACCCAUCACCAACAGCAGGUGACCCGCCUGGCCAUCACCACCAAACCUGCCGGUCCAUCAGCAGCAGCAGGUGACCUGCCUGACCAUCACCACCGAGUCACGACCAAACCUGUCUGCCAUCAUCAUCAACGGCAGGUGACCCGUCAGGGUAUCACCACCAAAUCACCACCAAACCUGCCUGUCCAUCAUCACCAACGGCAGAUGACCCGUCUGGAUAUCACCACCAAGUUGCCACCAAACCUGUCCACCAUUGUCCAACGGCAGGUGACCUUCCUAGCCAUCACCAAUGCAGGUGAUGUGCCAGGCCACCACCACCAAACCUGCCCAGCCAUCGUCACCAAACCUGCUGGGCCAUCACUGCCAAACCUGCCUGGCCAUCGCCAAACCGGCCCAGCCAUCAUCACCAAUGCAAUGGUGGCUGGGCUGUCGUGA